AUGGAUCGCAUCAACCGAAUGCUGGCUGGUGCCAGCGGUAUGGGCGGUCUUGGAGCUGCGCCAGGAACAGACAACACGAGUCUCAUCGACAACUCCGAGACGGUCUACAUUUCGUCGCUAGCCCUCCUCAAGAUGUUGCGACACGGCCGCGCAGGUGUACCGAUGGAAGUCAUGGGUCUGAUGCUGGGAGAGUUCGUCGACGACUUCACCGUCCGUGUAGUGGAUGUCUUCGCCAUGCCGCAAAGUGGUACAGGUGUCAGUGUCGAGGCUGUCGACCCGGUAUUCCAGCAGAAGAUGAUGGACAUGUUAACACAGACUGGCAGGCCCGAGUCCGUCGUAGGCUGGUAUCAUUCGCAUCCCGGAUUUGGCUGCUGGCUUUCUUCUGUUGAUAUAAAUACUCAACAGUCGUUUGAACAGCUGACCCCCCGCGCCGUCGCCGUCGUCGUUGAUCCCAUCCAAUCCGUGAAGGGCAAGGUCGUCAUAGAUGCAUUCCGCCUCAUCAACCCACAGAGUCUCAUGCUCGGCCAAGAACCAAGGCAGAGCACAUCCAACUUGGGCCACCUGAACAAACCGUCCAUUCAAGCGCUUAUUCACGGCCUAAACCGACACUACUACUCCAUAGGUAUCAACUACCGCAAGACGGCCCUGGAGGAGAAUAUGUUGAUGAAUCUACACAAGCACGUCUGGACCGAGGCUCUGCAGAUGGAGGACUUUAGGCAGGAGGGAUGUCGCAACAAGGACGCAUUCGAGAAACUGGUGUCGCUGGCAGAAGGCUACGAGAAGCGAGUUAAGGAGGAGACGGAGCUGACUAAGGAUCAGCUCAAGACCCGAUAUGUUGGCAAGCUUGACCCCAAGAAGCACUUGGAGGACGUCGGCCAGCAGCUGAUCGAGGACAACAUCGUCUCGGUGUCGCGGCAAAUGAUUGACAAGGAGGCCACGAUGCCCAAGGACACCGCGGCCAACGGUCAAGCGAAUGGUGAUCACAUGGACGUCGAGGAGCUGUAG